AUGGCGCCUGCUGUUUACUGCCGCUCGCUUCCGUUCGCACACUUGGCGCAGCACGUCGGCGCGACCGUCAGCCUCACGGGUCGCGUCAAGCAGGUGGAGGAGGGCAUCGUCAUUCUGCAGACCUGUGACGGCUCCUGCGUGAAGUGCCAACUGGCGACCGAAGCGCCCCCGUGCAAGUUCCUCAAGGUGACCGGUCGUGUGCAGGAGAACCUCACGCUCGUUCAACACGAAAACCACGUCCUCGUGCCGCUGGGCGACGAACUCGAUAUGGGCCUGGCGCGCGACGUGGCCUACGUGACGAAGCAUCCGCUGUUCUCCACGCUGUUCGAGGCCGUCGCGUAG